AUGUUCAGUGGCUCCUCGAGCCCACCCAAAGACAAGACAGAUUCCAUCACUCGUUCCGGUGCCAUUGACACGCCUCCCUUGAGCAUCCACACCGAGGAAGCCAGCAUCAGCCAGAAGAAGUCCUCUCCUCCUGGCGGCUUUUUCACCCGGCGGACCAGCGAGGACCAGAACAACUCUGGUGGCGAGAAGAAGCGCCGGAGUAGCACCGUCACCAAGGCAGCAUCCUUCUUCACCAGCGCUAAGAACUCCCUCAGCCUGUCGAGCAGUCCGCGCGAGAACUCCUUCAACAACUACACCAUCCAAGAACAGCCUUCGUUGAACAGGCUUGGGAGCAUGGACCCAGCUCUGAGUGUUCCCCAAGGGUCGUUUAACAAUUCGGCUGGAGAAUCACUUCCCACUUCUCGCUCUUCGUUCAAAGUUGGCGUGACAGAAGAUCGGAAUCGAAAAUGUCGCCGGACUAUGGAAGAUACCCAUGCCUACCUCUACAAUUUCUUGGGGACCCCCGCACCUUUAGCCCAGGCUGAGAACAAUGGCAAAGCCCUCCCGAAACCCCCCGCGACCGUCGUGGAAACCGACAACGGUUAUUUUGCCAUCUUUGAUGGACAUGCAGGCACCUUUGCGGCGGAAUGGUGCGGGAAAAAGCUGCAUCUUAUCUUGGAAGAGGUCAUGCGGAAAAACCCCAACACACCUGUUCCGGAACUCCUGGAUCAAACGUUUACCAGCGUAGAUCAGCAGCUGGAAAAACUACCUGUGAAGAACAGUGGUUGUACUGCGGUCAUUGCCCUCCUCAGAUGGGAGGACCGCGUACCCAGUCCGCAUUCUGCGACGGGAUCGGCGGCCCUUGCGCCUGCCGCUGCCGCUGCCUCCAAGGGCGACGCCGAUUCGGAUGCAGGUGAUACGCCUACUCAGGCCGCCGUAUCAGGCGGUGCGGCGUCUAUACUUCCCAAACUACAGGAGAAAUCCCUCCGUCAGCGUGUCCUCUACACUGCUAAUGUGGGAGAUGCCCGCAUUAUCCUGUGCCGCAACGGCAAGGCACUUCGUUUGUCCUACGAUCACAAGGGUAGUGAUGAGAACGAGGGGAAACGGAUAGCUAAUGCAGGAGGAUUAAUAUUGAACAAUCGCGUCAACGGCGUGCUUGCCGUGACUAGAGCUCUUGGUGAUGCGUAUCUCAAGGAUCUGGUAACCGGACAUCCGUAUACUACCGAAACCGUGAUCCAACCCGACUCAGAUGAGUUUAUCAUCCUCGCUUGUGAUGGUCUCUGGGAUGUGUGUAGCGACCAAGAAGCGGUAGAUCUUAUCCGCAAUGUGCAUGAUGCCCAGGAAGCAUCCAAGAUUCUGGUCGACCAUGCUCUUGCGCGGUUCAGCACCGACAACCUUUCCUGUAUGGUGAUUCGCUUCGAUUCUGACCGGGUGAAGGAUGUCAUCAACCGGACCGUGGAGCCUAUCGGCGUGGACGGAGAUCCUUCUUCUAAUGUGGAUCGCGGGAUGAGCGAGGCCGAUAAGAUCAUCGAAGGCGCCAGGAAGAGCAUGGCCAGUGCGGGAAUUGCAGAUGAUCCGACUACGGCUGCAAAGGCACAAGAAGAGAUUCUGCAGAAAAUGUCGAAUGAUGAGCCUGGGCCCGAGCUUUCCGUCAACGAGCACAGCCAUGAGCAGGUGGUCAACAACCUGAAAAAGCCUGAGCCGAAGAAUCCGAGUUCUUAA